AUGUUUUCAAAUUAGAGCAAAAACACAAUUAUACAUUUGAUUAAAGAUACUGUUAAAGGAGAAAAAGAAUUGGAAAAUAUUAAGUAAAGCCUAAUUCUUCGAAUAACUGAUAGCAAUGUAAGCUACCAAACUUGUUUCCUACAUCUUGCUUAUGAAAAGGACAGAAUAACUAGAAAUGAUUUAGAAGUAUUCCUCUAAAAUUAAUAAAUUCGUUUUGAUUAAAGAGAAAUAUCAAUGCUUAAAUAUACUACCUAUUAGGAUUUUUUAGACUUGAUACUUCCUAACAAUUAGAUCUUUUUAAAGUAAUAUUAAUAAGGACAAUUGAAUUAUAACAAUCCUACUUCAGAUAUACUUAAUUUAAUAGGCAAAGUUAUUGGGAUGAACAUAGAGAUAAUUCGAAAAACCUAGGCCUAUUUAGAUGCAUUGAUCCUAAGAAUUGAUAAGAACACAUUGUUGAACUUUUUGUGUCCUAAAAGCGAUAAAAAUAUGCCAGUCUUCUUAUAGUUACUUAAAAAUAUUGAUCUAGAUAUCAGUUUUGAAGAUGUUGUCUGUGCCAUAAGGAGAUUGGAUAAAGAUCAAGAUUCAGAUGUAAAUAGAUUUGAUUGGGAGGAGCUGCUUAAAUGUUCACAACCGCCAAAAUUUAAUUAAGGUUCUAGAGGAAACCUAUAAAAAUAUGUUAGCAAAUAACAAAGUUAAUUAUCAAUUCAUAGAAGUGAAUCUAGAUAAAAGACUGAUCAAGAAAACACUAAUUCAAAUAGGAAUAUUCCUUUAAGAUCUUCCACUAAAUCCUUACAGAAGUAAUCAAGUUUAAAGGAAGAGUAAAUAUUGGAAUUUCAAUUGCACUUGUUAACAGUAGGGAAAUUGCAAGAUGAGUUGGAUCAAAUAAAAUUAGAACUUUCAAGCCGUGCUGACUAUUCAAUUUCUCAAGCAUUUUAGUUCUUUGAUCUUGAUGUAGAUGGUUCUAUUGAUUUGUAAGAUUUAAAACUUGGGUUUUUGUAGUUGGGAAUAGAUGUUAAUGAGUUUAUAAUUAGGCAAUUACUUCAUAGCUAUUCGACACAUCAUUCUUAAACUUAAUGGGAUCUCACUGACUUUAAGUAUUUGUUUCCAGAAAGCAAGCAGCCUUUGAGUAGUUACAUUGGAGCAUUUACUUAUGAAACCAAGAAAAUUAUAAAAGUGCUGAUAUAGAAAUAUUUAGAAUUAAUUAGAUAUAGGAAAGAAUCAACUCAUCAAAUGGGAUCAGACAUGAAGAAUGUUGAUGUAAUAUUCAACUACAUAGAUUUGGAUUAAGAUGGAAUAAUUACUUAAGAUGACUUUAAAGUGUUAGAUGUGAAGAGUAAACAUGUUCUACUGUUCUUUUAAUCAUUUCAGGAUUACCCUUACUAAAUAACUUAUAAUUAAUUUCAGAAGUAUUUUAUUUGA